AUGGAAGAGUGUAAACUGCGGCCAGCUCUUCAGAAAACCACCACCGGCGGAAAACCACCACCGGUGGAAAACCACCACCGGUGGAAAACCACCACCGGCGGAAAACCACCACCGGCGGAAAACCACCACCGGCGGAAAACCACUAACGGCGGAAAACCACCACCGGCGGAAAACCACCACCGGCGGAAAACCACCACCGGCGGAAAACCACCACCGGCGGAAAACCACCACCGGCGGAAAACCACCACCGGCGGAAAACCACCACCGGCGGAAAACCACCACCGGCGGAAAACCACCACUGGCGGAAAACCACCACUGAAGGAAAACAAGUAA